GGGUGGGGAGGCGGGCAAGAUGGCGCCCGGAGAGUGAGUCUCCCUGGAUUCCUCCAGCGGCUGUGGAGACUCCGGGGCGGGGGGUCGGCCCUUCAUCACCUCCCUUCCUCCUCUCCCCCGCCCCCGGAGGCUUCCUACUUCCCUUCCUCCCUCCACUUCGGGGGGCGGGCCAGGUUCGCAGGACACCAUGUCGGACUCUGAGGAGGAGAGCCAGGACCGGCAACUGAAAAUCGUCGUGCUGGGGGACGGCACCUCCGGGAAGACCUCCUUAGCUACGUGUUUUGCUCAAGAAACUUUUGGAAAACAGUACAAGCAAACUAUAGGACUGGACUUCUUUUUGAGAAGGAUAACAUUGCCAGGAAACUUGAAUGUUACUCUUCAACUUUGGGAUAUAGGAGGGCAGACAAUAGGAGGAAAGAUGUUGGAUAAAUAUAUCUAUGGAGCACAGGGAAUCCUCUUAGUAUAUGAUAUUACAAAUUAUCAAAGCUUUGAGAAUUUAGAAGAUUGGUAUACUGUGGUGAAGAAAGUGAGUGAAGAAUCAGAAACUCAGCCGCUGGUUGCUUUGGUGGGCAAUAAAAUUGAUUUGGAGCAUAUGCGAACAGUAAAACCUGAGAAACAUUUACGGUUUUGCCAGGAAAAUGGUUUUAGUAGCCACUUUGUCUCAGCCAAGACAGGAGACUCUGUCUUCCUGUGCUUCCAAAAAGUUGCUGCUGAAAUCCUUGGGAUAAAAUUAAACAAAGCAGAAAUAGAACAGUCACAGCAUAUUGUCAGGGCAGAAAUAGUGAAGUAUCCGGAAGAAGAUAAUCAACAUACCAGCUCUUCUCAGAGUAGAAUCUGUUCAGUACAAUAGUCAGAGGGUGGUGAAGGCAGAUAUUGUAAACUACAGCCAGGAUUCCAUGUCAAGAACUGUUCACCCACCCCGGAGCUCCAUGUGUGCAGUGCAGUGAGCGUGUUUUCCUCCUGGGUUGGAGCGCCGGCCACCCUGGGCCAUCUAGGAGCUUGUUUAUCAGUGACCAUCUCUGUAGUUCAGUUCCCACUCUCCUCCCCAUCGCUUCAUCACUAAGUGCUGCCUCUCAGCCACAGGCAGUGCCUUGACUGGAAGGAGUUCAACUUCGGGACCACACACUUUGAAAUCAAAACGGAAAGCCCACUCUGGAAUUGGACUGGUUCAUUGAAAGGAAUGAUGUUGGUUCCUUAUAUCCUCACUUCUUUUUUUUUUUUCCCCAACGUGAAAUUUUUUAACCAAAUGUGAAAACCGUCCAAGUCUUGAUCAUCAGCCAGAAUUUUGCCACAACACAGUUUCAUUCUCUUAUCUGAACUCACAUGUCAUAGUAUACUUCAGAGUGCAAAUAUUGAAACAAGUCACAUAUUUUACCUGCACUUACUUAAGAAGGCAUUCUUUUGCUAUCUGUUUUAAGUGAAAAUAUAUAAAGCUGUACCUAACUGAAAAUGCUUGAAAUAAGGCUGUAAUAGAAAUAUUUUUUCAUUUUUUAAAAAGGGGCCUAAAUUGUUUAUACUAUAGUUUGUAACUCACAAAGUAGUGAGUAUUUGAUAUUGUAUUUUUAUUACUGUAUCAUGGUCAUUAUGUAUUGUAUUAUGCUCAGCUUAGAUGGCUUUAUGAAUUUUAAUAAGUGUUCAGCUGAUGCUCCACAUGGAAUUUUCCCUACAAACUGUAUUAGAGUACUCCAGAAUGAGUUAUAACAUCCUGUUAGAUCAUUGUGGAUCAGACUGUACCUGAUGUUCAGAUGUUUUUCUCUCACAAAUAAAUUUAUUUAAAUUAAAUUUUUUAAAAAUUUC